GUUUAUUCCACCUCCCCUUCCCUCCACCUCAGCUUCCCAACCCAUGUUCCCCAUUGGCCACAGUUCCCAGAGGGUGGAGACAAGCAUGGGUUAACACGACUGAGGCAAAACGCUAAGGACAACACAAGCUGAGUGCACCACUCACCUGCACAGGUGGUGUCUAACGCAGCCCUGCCAUGGCGCUGCUGAGGAGGAAGUUAAAGUUUUGUGUCAUGGUGGUGAUGAUCAACCUCUUCAUCUUCAUUCUCAUCGCUCGAAACAGCGGGCAAGAUAAAAAUGGGCUCAACAAGCUCCGCAUUCCCUCCAAAGCCUUCUGGGCCAAACUGGUCCCCAGCCCUGCCUACUGGAACCGCCAGCAGCAGAUCCUGGACAUUCAGAACAGUCCCAUCUUACUGGCAAACUCCAGCAGCGCAGACAUUCCUGACUGGAUCAAUGACACUGUUUUGACCUCUGACCUCUGUCAGCCUGAUUUAAAAGUUACCACUCAGGUGAAGGACUACAACUCCCUACCCAAUCGCUUUAAGGACUUCCUGCUUUACAUGCGUUGCCGUUCCUAUCCAAUCAUACGGGACCAGCCGGAGAUCUGCAAAGAGCCGCCGUUCCUGCUGCUGGCGGUCAAGUCCCUCGCGCCGCACUUUGAUCGCCGCCAGGCCAUUCGUCAGUCCUGGGGACGAGCAGGGGCCAUGGCCAAUAAAACGGUGGUCACCGUUUUCCUUCUUGGCAACACCACAUCUGUGGACCACCACCCAGACCUGUCCGAGAUGGUGCACUACGAGAGCAGCCGCCAUAGAGACAUCAUCCAGUGGGACUUCCGGGAUUCGUUCUUUAACUUGACCGUCAAGGAGGUCCUGUUUCUGGAAUGGAUUCAGGCUCGCUGCGCCGGCGCUCAGUUCAUCUUCAAAGGGGACGACGACGUCUUCGUCAACACGUACCGCAUCUUGAACUUCCUCAAGGGCCUACCAGAGCCCAAAGCCAGAGACCUGUUUGUCGGCGACGUCAUCACAAACGCAGGGCCUCACAGAGACAAGAAGGUGAAGUACUUCAUCCCAGAGAGCAUGUACGUUGGUACAUACCCUCCGUACGCAGGAGGAGGCGGCUACCUUUACUCCGGAGACGUCGCCGCUCGCCUCCUCAACGUGUCGCGGCAUGUGGCGCUCUACCCAAUAGACGACGUCUACACCGGGAUGUGUCUCCGAAUGCUGGGGCUGGCCCCGGAAAAGCACAAAGGCUUUAGGACCUUUAACAUUGAGGAGAAGUACAGGUCGAACCCCUGUGCCUACAAGAGUUUAAUGCUGGUUCACCCCAGGACCCCGCAGGAGAUGAUCCUGAUCUGGUCCUGGCUCAGCAGACCCGACCUCUUMUGCCAAUAACAGCAUUAUGGGUCGUUCCCAAAAGCCAAAUUGAGAAAUAUUUUCUCCUGAACAGAGUCGUGACCUAAAACAUGGCAGCUUUAAGUUAGGACUGUUUUACGAUGGGUCACUUGGAGCCUCAGCUUGGAACACGUGUGCUGUAGCAUAAAAUGGAAAGAUGCAACGUUGGCUUCACUCGAGUUUAGUGUUUUAAUUUCCUCAAAGUCGGGCUUUACUGUCAACCAAGCUUUACUCACAGGGAAUGUCUUCGUUUUUUGUUUUGUUUUUGUUUUUGAAACAGGUAUUUAUCACAACUAUUUAUGCAGGCUUUGUUGUUCUUUUUACACUGUGUGUCUGCUCCACUGCGGAGGGUCUCGAUGCUGUAUCUGAUAUUUUAGGGUUAAAGAAACAACUUUGAAGUGUCCACCGUUGAUGGGAGCAUGUAGAAGCAGAUAUUUUUGCAGCAUUAUUAGUUUUUCACACAAAUUUUUAUUUUUUAUUUAUUGAUCUUUUUUCCAGCUUCUCAAGCCUUAAAAAAAGGUUUCUGGUGAACACUUCUCGGUGAUCGUUAGUUUGUGCUGCUACUACCGUCCAAACUCCCUGAAGUAUUUAGUGGUGACACACUCCAAGGUCAGCUGAACUAGUUUCUCGCUCAUUGAAGGCUUGUACCUUUUAAUUACAAAUUAUUUAUUUAUGCUCUAAAAGUAGUGUUUUGAAAAUUUUGAGGCGUCACUUCAUGCGUUUGUAUUUAUUAUCGUCUAUCUUAUGUCGGAGUURUCACGGAGCUUUGAGGUGGAUGGACUGAGCACAGAAUUGGCUUUAAGGACCAGAAAGAACCUGUUCAGCUCAGCAGGUCUGGGCUUGAAGAGAUCCAAAUGCUGUCUAAUCCUGCUUUGCACAAAAUGGAAAACRACUCCCGGUUUCUCAAAUGUAAUUUGUGUUGAGCCUUUUUUUUUCUCCCUCUCUUUAAAGCAGAGCUGCGACUCUACAUGUAGACUCACGGGUGUCUGCGAUCAUCAUUAAGUGUUAAACGCUGCUUUAGUGUGAAAUUAGUGCUUCAAAGCGAAAUUCUUCCRGACGCAGGUGUGGAAAGCAUAUCCAAGUUGCUUAUUUUAGUGUCUAAACAAAGCUGUCUUUGUUUUGCUGGGGAUCAUGAAAGCAUCAUUUCAAAAUGGUCCAGUGGCUUCAGCGAGAAUUCGGUCCUUCAUGUCACACAAUGUUUAUUUUAAAUGUGUGAUCUGAGAAACUAUAACUGUGUUUCUAACACAUUUAAAGCAGAUCUACCUUUUUUUUUCCCCUCCACAAAGAAAAGAAACCUGUUUCAGUAUUUUAGUCCCUUCAUGUUUAGUUUUAGUCCUGGCUGCUUCGGAAACAGGUGUGUUGAAUUAGGAAGAAGUUACGUCUCAGUUAGAGCUCCCCCUGCUGGACAGGGUUGUAAAAGCUAAGUCUGAACCWAAACUAUCACUCAAGACCUAAUUUAUUUUUACCAUCUUUAUUUUAUUUUACCGUUUGACUUCAUCUACUCUUUAAAGGAAGACCUAUAGGAUUUGUGAUGUUGCUUUUAGUCUUCUCUAAGGACAGAAUAAUGGGAAAUGCCUCACGGUUACAGUCAGUUGAGUUAUUACUCUGUGUUGUAUUCACCCUCAUGAGGCAGAAUCCAUCAGUCUGCGUGUGUUGGAUAAAACAAACGCUAAAUAGGAAUCAACAUCAUUCUCUUGUAUUUAAAUACUUCUAUUUAAGUUUUAUAAUGACACUUUUGUGGCCUUUCACUGCUCAUGUACCAGUAAUAUUUUACAUUCUCACUGCACACAGUUUGUGGUGACUUCAGAUGUUUACCUGUGGUUUGUGUCAUUUUCACCCAAAUUUUAAUAGUUUUCGUUUGCCUUUAAAAUGCGUUUCUUGUCUUCACGUGCUGCUGCUUUAUGUGCUCGUUUGUAAUGUUUUAAACGGACCUCUCUCUGUAUUGUGCUUCACAUUGUACCACUUUUGUUUUUGAAUUCCUUUGUUAUUCUUUGUGGAACUCUCUUUGAUCCCUCUGCUGCUCCUGCCUCUGCUGUCUUAUCUUUUUUAAACUUCUUUUGUUUCCUUUGCAAAGGAUGCUUUUUUUUUUCACCCCAGCCAAGACAAAAAUCUUUUCAAAAACAUUAAAAAAAAGUUUGUUAUUCAGCUGAAUGAAUGGCCCAGUUAGUUUUGUCUGUUUAAUAUUUAUUCUGAUGCUUUUUGUUAAACCAGACCUCAAACACAUUCUGGGCACAUUUUUAGUCUGUUUCCUGUUUCGUCCUGAAACUUACUGUGGUCCAAGACGAUUCCCACAUCACCUGGUGUGUGUGUGUGUGUCAUGUGUGUAUGGUGUGUGUGGAAGUAUGAUGGUUUGAACUAUGGCAUAUUUCAAUAAAGUUCUAUUUUGUUGUUUUUGUAAA